GUAUCCAUAUAUUUACAAUCACAGCCGUUCAAUUUUAGUCAUCACUAUACUCUUUCACUAUAAAUCACAUUGGCGUUUUGUUUUUCUCAAUCAACCCCUUUUCUGAAAAUAAGUAAGUUUAAAACAAAAAAAUCAGUUGAUUUUACCCUGAAUUCAUCCUGAGCAAAAUGCGGCCACCGUCUCCGAACAGAAAGAAAGAGGUGAGAUUGAAGAGAGGGCCAUGGACAGCUGAAGAAGACAAAUUACUGACGGCUUACAUUCAAAAACAUGGCUAUGGCAGCUGGGGUUCCUUGCCUCACAAAGCUGGACUUGAACGAUGUGGAAAGAGCUGCCGACUGAGAUGGAUUAACUACUUAAGACCUGAUAUCAAAAGAGGAAAGUUUAGUUUAGAGGAAGAACAGACCAUCAUUCAACUCCAUGCCUUUCUUGGAAACAGGUGGUCGGCAAUAGCGGCACACUUGCCUAAGAGAACAGACAAUGAGAUCAAGAAUCACUGGAACACACAUCUAAAGAAAAGGCUAAUCAAAAUGGGUAUUGAUCCCAUGACUCACAAGCCCUCAACCUCCCCAUCACCCAAAAAUGGUUCAAAUUUAAGCCACAUGGCCCAGUGGGAGAGUGCACGUCUACAGGCUGAAGCCAGGUUGGUCCGUGAGUCAAAACAGGUUGUCCCAAAUCUUACCACCCGCCCCACUAGGAGGAGUCAACUCACCAGAAGCAGUCCCAGGUGCCUUGACGUACUCAAAGCCUGGCAAGGUGUAGUUGCCGGGAUGUUUGUUUUCUCCACCCAGGAUCCCAGGUCCCUAACAACCUCAACUCUUCGUUUCCCUUCAGCUGGAUGGGGAGAAGCUGAGGAAUGGCGGGGCCAGGGAAUGAAGGGUUCCAGCGAUGCUGAUGAUGCAUGGUUUGAGGAGGACUCAGUCAUACUACACAGUCUACCUAUUGAAAAUAUAAUGGAAGGUUUGUCGGAUGCUUUUAUUUUGAAUUCAUGGAUGGGUGUCGACGAAUCAACAGAUGAAAACACUGUAAAGGAGAAUGGUAAUUGCUGGGAUAGCGUACUCAACUUGUUGAGUUCUACACCAUGUGGUUCGCCUGUGUUGGGAUAAUAUCCGAGAGACAAAAGGGUCGUAAAUUAUGUUAAGAUUUGAUUCUUAAAUAUUAUUAGCAUCAAUCAACCCGGUUUCUAUGUUGAUCA